UCCCAAAGUAAAGUUUCUAAAGCCUUUGCUUGAAAUUAUGGGGUUUCAUUUCGAAUUCAUAGUUGCUCUAUUCUGUGGAGGCUAAUGAAGUUGCCAGGAUUCACAAAAACACAUAACCAAGCAACUUUCCUACCUCGUGCAUUUGCAGAUUCAAUGCCUUUUUCAAGUAACAAAUUCUCUGACAUUUUGAAACUUUUUUCUAUGGACCCUAAAUCAGUAGAGGCUAGGAUGAUGAAGCAGAAUAUUGAAGAUUGCGAGACAGCAGCCAUAGAAGGAGAAGACAAGUACUGUGCUACAUCUUUAGAGUCCUUGAUUGAUCUUAGUGUUUCAAGGCUGGGGAAAAAGAUACAGGUACUGUCAACUGAGGUUGAGAAGGAGACAAAAGCUGAAAAGUUCACUAUUGGCAAGGGUGUGAAGAACAUGGGAGAGAAGGACUUAGUGUGUCACAAGUUGAGGUACCCAUAUGCUGUGUUUUUGUGCCAUUCAAUUGAUAAAACAGAUGUGUAUAAGGUUCCCUUGAUUGGUUCUGAUGGAACCAAAGUUAAGGCGAUAGCUGUUUGUCACAAAGAUACAUCAACUUGGAACCCCAAACAUUUGGCAUUUCAGGUCUUGAAGGUUAAACCCGGAUCUGUGCCAAUUUGCCACUUCCUAGCCAAAGAGACCAUUGUUUGGCUUCCCAACUGAAGUUCUGAAACAUCGGUUCAAGGGCUGUCUUUGUUUGGAUGUUUACAGAUGAAUAGGUUAUGUAAAAUCUUAAAUAAGUUGAACCUAUCAUCUUCUUGUUCUAAGUAUGUUGUCUGCUUGUAAGAUUUAGGUUUUCUGGUUUGGAAAAUAAAUGUCAGGAUCUCAC